AUGAGUGAAAUAUCUGAGGCUGAAAAACGUAGAAUUUUGAGAGAAAGGAGACAAAAAAAAUUAGCAAACGGUGGUGCUAGUAACAGAUUAAACAAAAUCACUGGUCAAGUUGAUAGUCACUUGAGUACCGAGUCUCCAUUAGAGACACCUAAAGACCAAGUAUCUCCAAUAAUUUCUGCUACUGAAACACCCAUUCCAGCAGCCUAUACGAAAGCUGGCGUCAAUAAGGAAAGUCAUAGGGCAGGGGACUUCAAAGAUAACGAUCCUCAAGUCGAGCUUUUCAAGAAGCUUGCCGAGUUACAAGGUGCAGAUAAGUCAACACCUGAUUUAUUUUCUCUAUUAGGAUCUCUGAAGGAUGGAAUGAGCAAAACAAAUGAGCCGGCUGUUGGCCAACCCCAAAUCAAUCCUGUAGAUGAGAAAAUGUUGCAGUACCAUGACUAUUUGGUUAACAGAUUAAAGGCUUAUACAAUUUUGAUUAGAUGGUUAAUUUUAUUACCGUUUAUAUAUAUGGUUGUUUCUUCAUCAUAUGCAUCAGAAAUGUUUUUCACAAAACCUUCCAAUUUCUUUAUGAUUUUCACAUCAUUUGAGAUAAUAACAAUGUCUAUCUAUUAUCAAGCAUUGCAACGUAUUGAAGAAAAAAACAAUGUUAAUACGCUAAAUAACAGCAGCAUAAUUAUGAAGAUAGUAUCGAUGGUACCAGAGGGAGUUUUACCUAUCAAAGAUUUAAAGGGUAAAGCCGCUUUGAUUCUUCAAUAUCAACAAGUAUUAUCAAUGUUUGUCACUGAUAUUUGUUUUGUUAUCAUUAUGGUUGGUAUAUUUUCCUAUCUUUAUUGA